AUGGACUCGUUUGGCAUAGACCCGCUCAACAUGACCAAGAUUGACUCGGCCUCGUCGCUCAGCUCCCGCCAGAAGAGCUGCAACGCCUGCGUCCGCGGCAAGCGUCGCUGCGACAAGCGCACCCCGCGGUGCACGCGCUGCGCCGCCAAGGGCCUCGACUGCGUCUACCACAAGAUGCCCCCGGCCCAGAGCGGCAGCGGCAGCGGCGGUGACGGCAAUACCGCCCAUCGCGCCUCGUCCGGCCAGUCCACCGGCGGAAGCAACACGCCGGAGAUGGCGGACCUGCCGGACUUUGACAUGGGCUUCGACUAUGAGAGCCUGGGCACCGAGACGAGCCCCGAGAGCAUGUGCCACAUCCCUGACCAAGCUCCGCAGCAGCACCAGCAGCACAACCACAGUCAUCAUCACCACCAUAACCCCAGCAACAACAACAACAACAACAACAACAGCAACCAUCUUCACCUUGGCCCCGGCCUGGACUUUGACAUCGUCGACUUUAUGAAUGCCAUCCCUGCCCACACCGCCCAGACGUCUACCCUGCCCACCCCUCCCCCCACGCACAACCCCGCCGCCGCCCUCGCCAACAACAGCAGCUUCUUCGCCAGCCUUUUUGACAACACCACGACAGACGGUGCCUCGAAGCUCGACAUCCCCCCGGUGCCUGGCGCACCGUUCAUAAGCAGUGCGCUCGUCCCCCAGCCCCCCAAGACACCCGUGCGGGACAUCUCCCUGCUGCGGCCCGACGCCGCCUGCUCGGGCGCGAGCCUCCACGCCCUGGCCGUGCACGACCCGCGGUCCUGGAUGGGCUACACCAUGCGGUCCCUGACGGCCAUGCACCGGACCUUUGCGCAGACGCGCGCCCUGCCGUUCCUGCACCCGCGCCUCUGGGCCGCGCAGCUGCCCAAGCCCAUCCUCGCCGUCUUCUCCGCCGCCACCGCCUACGCCAACCGCAGCGACGACAACCGCGCCUGGAUCAUGAAGCUGCUCGCCGACACGGCCGUCGCCGUCCACCGCGAGGGCGAGCUGGCUGCCACCCCGCAGGACAAGCUCGCCCGCGUCCAGGCGCUUGUGAUACUCGACUCGAUGCGCGUCUUUGACGGCGACGUCGGCCUGCGCGCGGCGGCGGAGCGCGAGGCCCACGUCCUCAGCGCGUGGAUCGGCGAGCUCCAGCAGGCGGUCACUGUGCUCGAGGCCGAGGCCAUGCAGCACGCGGCGGCGCAGGGCAGCGGCAUGGACGGCAUGGAUCUCGGUGGUGGUGGUGGUGGCGGUGCUCCCGCGUAUCCAUCCCGGGAGCGCCCGCCCAAGGGCUGGGACGCGUGGAUCCUGCUCGAGAGCGCCCGACGCACGCUGCUCUUCUCCUGCGCCUUUGUCUGCAUGAACAAGCUGCUCAAGAGCCUCGACGUCAGCCAGUCCAUGUGGCAGGACCUGCGCUUCACGGCCUCGCGCCACCUCUGGGAGGCGCCGUCGUCGGUCGAGUUCUUCCGCUCGUGGCGCGACAAGCCCCAGUACUUUAUCCGCGACUUUGACUUUAAAGAUUUCUGGUCGUACGCGCGCGCCGACGACAUGGAUGAGUUUACAAAGAUUAUGCUGAUGCCACAAAUCGGAAUGGAUACGCUGGAGCACUUUAUGGCCGGAGAGGAUCUCUCACAUGUGACUGCCGUAUAA